AUGGCAACUCAACUCGGAAUUUUGGCAUAUAUCACGGCGUGUGUGGCUGUAGCAAAUUUCAGGUCGAAGCAAGCGCGGCAUGUUUCUUUUUUUUUCUCUUUGCUUUUUCGUACCAAGAUCAUCAUGUCAGAUGCCAGCAACCAACAUCGGCCGUCCAGUUCUUCACAAACACAAACAGACGGCUUUCUCAUGAUCCAACAGAUGACCCAAACACCUCCCAGGGGCGCAUAUACGUCACUCAUGAGAUGCAAUGACAAGCAGAUCGUCCAAAACACCAUGGAGUCAUCGUCGGACGUCAGCAUCUGGUUAAAGAGAGCCUCGCACAUGACAACCAAUCAUCUCGUGUCAAAAUAA